AUGCACUGGGGGAUUGGCUUUGCCUCGUCCAGGUCGUGUGUGGUGGAUCUGAGCCGGAACCAGAGCAUCUCCUUCGGCUUGUGGGCCGCAUCUGAGGAACCCUAUACCUUUUAUGGGGACAUCAUCGCUUUCCCUUUGCAGGAUUACGGAGGGAUCAUGGCAGGGUUGGGUUCGGAUUCCUGGUGGAAGAAAACCCUGUACUUGACUGGGGGAGCCCUGCUGGCUGCAGCGGCGUACCUGCUCCACGAGCUCCUGGCCAUUAGGAAAGAGCAAGAGGUUGACUCCAAAGAUGCUAUUAUUUUGCAUCAGUUCUCAAGGCCAAACAAUGGUGUCCCCAGUUUGUCUCCUUUCUGUUUGAAAAUGGAAACUUAUUUAAGGAUGGCCGACUUACCUUACCAGAACUAUUUUGAUGGAAAGCUUUCCCCUCAAGGGAAAAUGCCUUGGAUUGAAUACAAUCAGGAAAAAGUGUCUGGCACAGAAUUCAUCAUUGACUUUUUGGAAGAGAAACUUGGAGUGAACUUAAAUAAAAACCUUGGCCCCCACGAAAGAGCAGUGUCCAGAGCCGUGACCAAGAUGGUGGAGGAGCACUUCUAUUGGACAUUAGCUUAUUGCCAGUGGGUCGACAAUCUCCAUGAGACACAGAAGAUGCUUUCUCUUAGUGGUCCCUUUAGUGACCUGCUCAAGUGGAUUCUCUGCCACCUAACGAAGGGCAUUGUGAAGCGAGAAAUGUAUGGCCAUGGCAUUGGUCGCUUCUCUGAGGAAGAAAUCUACAUGCUGAUGGAGAAAGACAUGCGAUCUUUAGCAGGGCUUUUGGGUGAUAAAAAGUACAUUAUGGGACCAAAAUUUUCCACUCUUGAUGCCACUGUCUUUGGACACUUGGCACAGGCAAUGUGGACCUUGCCGGGGACAAGGCCCGAGAGACUAAUCAAAGGAGAACUGAUUAACCUUGCCAUGUAUUGUGAAAGAAUAAGGAGGAAAUUCUGGCCAGAGUGGCACCAUGAUGACGACAAUACCAUCUAUGAGUCUGAGGAAAGCAGUGAAGGCAGCAAGACCCACACCCCACUGCCGGAUUUCAGCUUUUAUUCAAGGACAGAAACCUUUGAUGAUGAAGGGGCAGAGAACAGUAUAUCCCGGACGCCUGACACAGACUUCACUGGACACUCCCUCUUUGAUUCUGAUGUGGAUAUGGAUGACUAUACAGACCAUGAACAAUGCAAAUGAUGCCCAGGCAUACCGGCCCUCCUUUCUCAGAGCUGUCACCUCUUGGGGUCAGUCCAGUGUUCCCAGGUAGAGCACCACACCCUCCAGGGAGGGAGAGCUCCUGGUAUGUGGUACAUACAGUUCUCCCAUGUCAACUGGACUAGGUCAGCCUUAUUUCUUUUUGUAACAAAAGACCAAGACAACACAGACGAAACCCACAAAUAGCAGAAAACAAAGCUGUUCAGCUGGCUCCAUGUAAAACACAAAACGGCCAACAAAGUCAGCAUGGUUCCUGAAAUCCAUUUUUGUUUUCAUGAGAAAACUAGUAUCUCAGUCAAUUUGGGUGGAGCCCUGGGUGCAGGGAGAACAGAGAGAUGGGCCUACAGGAAAGUACACGCGAUGAGCCUCUUUAAAAAAAGAGGCCAAAGGCUUAGUUGAAAGAGGAGUCCUUGAAAUUCUU